CUCCGAGCGGUAAACAGGGUUAACUCCGAGCGGUAAACAGGGUUAACUCCGAGCGGUAAACAGGGUUAACUCCGAGCGGUAAACAGGGUUAACUCCGAGCGGUAAACAGGGUUAACUCCGAGCGGUAAACAGGGUUAACUCCGAGUGGUAAGCAGGGUUAACUCCGAGUGGUAAGCAGGGUUAACUCCGAGUGGUAAGCAGGGUUAACUCCGAGCGGUAAACAGGGUUAACUCCGAGCGGUAAGCAGGGUUAACUCCGAGCGGUAAGCAGGGUUAACUCCGAGCGGUAAGCAGGGUUAACUCCGAGCGGUAAGCAGGGUUAACUCCGAGCGGUAAGCAGGGUUAACUCCGAGCGGUAAACAGGGUUAACUCCGAGCGGUAAACAGGGUUAACUCCGAGCGGUAAACAGGGUUAACUCCGAGCGGUAAACAGGGUUAACUCCGAGCGGUAAACAGGGUUAACUCCGAGCGGUAAACAGGGUUAACUCCGAGUGGUAAGCAGGGUAACUCCGAGUGGUAAGCAGGGUUAACUCCGAGCGGUAAGCAGGGUUAACUCCGAGCGGUAAACAGGGUUAACUCCGAGCGGUAAACAGGGUUAACUCCGAGCGGUAAACAGGGUUAACUCCGAGCGGUAAACAGGGUUAAUUCUGCAUAGUUAAAAUAUAAACAAUUCAAAAGGUUGAAGCUUAGGUAUUAUUAAGUCCGAGGGGUUAACCCUCUAGAGUCUAUGUCCACGCCCCCGUGGGAAUUCUUUUAGCAUAAUAAAACAAUCCCCAUUUAAAAUCCAUCAGUUUAAGCUAGAGAUCUCACCUUUUGUUGCAUUGGAUUGCGUCUCAAUCCCACGGCAUCCACCGAUCUCUCACUUCCCAUCUGCGGUGAAAGGUGACCGAGCUAGAGCGGUGUUUGUCAGACCAAGAGACAUCCAGAAAAUCAUUAUUCUCACAAAAUUGGUUUUGCAACAUCCGGAUGGUUUGGCCUUCAAAACUAUUAUGAAAAGACGAGACUCUCACAAACAUGACGGUGUUCUCUGUUUUUCUCUACGACCCCCACAAGAGUCUUGGGACCCGUGUGAAGCCGGUACCGCUGAUCUGCCAACCUCUGUCUGUAGCGAACAGUUUGGGUUACACACUAAUAUGGACCCGUCUGUGGAAAGGUAUGACAGUGUUCUCUCUAAGUGAUGAUGGCACCAGCCUUCCAGCUUCGGGUGACUCAGCCUUCCCAGCAUUCCUCUCCUGUAAGGGGUGCCGCCAAUUGAUGGGGGCCGACCUUGACCUGGGAGCAGGACUUGACUUGGGGGCGGGACUCUACUGCCUGAGCUGCGAAGAGGGCCUCCAAUCAGAAUCACACACAGCCAUGGAGGAUACCUCACAGGGGGAGGAGUCAACCCCGGCUGUCCAAUCCAGUGGGGGGAAGAACAGGAAGAGGAUUAAGGCGGGUGAUGAAGAAGUCUGUAUGAAGCUGUACACGUGUUCUCUGUGUAGUUUCUCCUCUCGCUACUCCAACCAUCUCAAACGCCACAUGAGAACCCAUGAUGGAGAGAAGCCCUACCGCUGUCCUCACUGCCCCUACGCCUCUACACAGAGGGUCAACCUGCAGAGACACACGCGCACACACACCGGGGAGAAGCCCUACCUCUGCAACGCCUGCAGCUAUGCCUGUAGUUCCCUGGGGAACCUGCGGAGGCACCAGCGCUCGCACAGCCAGGAGCCUCAGCCCCGGCCGCAACGCACACACACACUGAAGAGACGCAGCAGACGAAAACACACACACAGAGAAACCGGUGAAGAUGCCGUUUUGUCAGACCUGACAGUGUGUGUGAGGGAGGACUCUGAUUUCCUCCAGUCCCUAGAGGGGGUAGCCUCUCCCUCCCUCCCCCCCUCCGCCCCUCUCCCUGACCUCCUCUUCCCCCUCUGUUGUCGCUCCUGUGGCCUCACCCUGGAAGGAGAGGGAGAGGCGGAGGGCAGAGGAAAGAUGUGUAGUCAAUGUUCUGAGUUUGUCCUCUCUAAGGAUAUAGGCUCCUCCAGCCCCACUGACACAGACUCGCACACAGUCCGGCCAGGGGCCAGUAAGCUGUAUCGCUGCCCUCUCUGCCCCUUCCUCUCCCUCUACCCCAACCACCUGGCCCGACACGCCCACACCCACAGCGGGGAGAAGCCCCACCGCUGCCCCCAGUGCCCCUACGCCUCGGCCCACCUGGACAACCUGAAACGCCACCUCCGGGUCCACACGGGGGAAAAGCCCUACCGCUGUCCCCAGUGCUCGUACGCCUGCGGGAACCUGGCCAACCUGAGGCGCCAUGAGAGGAUUCACUCUGGAGCCAAGCCGUUCCACUGCUCUGUGUGUGGCUACAGCUGUAACCAGAGGAUGAACCUGAAGAGACACAUGCUGAGACACACGGGGGAGAAGCCGUAUGGCUGUGCUGAGUGUGACUACACUACGGGACACUGGGACAACUACAAACGUCAUCAGAGGAAACACGGACACAACACACACAGCUGGGACAAACACACACACCAGGACACUACAGCAGACAGCAACACACAGCACUGAGACACACACACACUCCACUGAGACACACACACACUCCACUGAGACACACACACACUCCACUGAGACACACACACACUCCACUGAGACACACACACACACACACACCACUGAGACACACACAGCACUGAGACACACACACACACUCCACUGAGACAGACACACACAGCACUGAGACAGACACACACAGCACUGAGACACACACACACUCCGCUGAGACACAACACUCCGCUGAGACACACACUCCGCUGAGACACACACUCCACUGAGACACACACUCCACUGAGACACACACACACACUCCACUGAGACACACACACACACACUCCACUGAGACACACACACACACACACUCCACUGAGACACACACACACACUCCACUGAGACACACACACACACUCCACUGAGACACACACACACACACACUCUACUGAGACACACACACUCUACUGAGACACACACACUCCACUGAGACACACACACUCUACUGAGACACACACACUCCACUGAGACACACACACUCCACUGAGACACACACACUCCACUGAGACACACACACACACCACUGAGACACACACACACACACACACCACUGAGACACACACACACACACACACCACUGAGACACACACACACACACACCACUGAGACACACACACACACACACACACAGCACUGAGACACACACAGCACUGAGACACACACACAUACACACAUAGCACUGACACACACACACACACACACCUCUCCCUGGUUAUGGUUCCCUGUUCCUUGAAUUCAGUGUUGGUCUGUGGUUGUGUGUGUGUGUGUGUGUGUUACAAUGGUAACCCCAACCCCUAUCUCUGCUCUCCCUCAGAGGGGUGGGACUUAUCUCAGGAACCUUUUAGAGGCGGAGCUACAUGUGCUGGUUUCCUGGAUCUGAACACUGCACUGGCCUUAGGGCAUUAAAUGGUGUGUCUGUGGGAUUCAAGAUUCAUCCUUUUAUUUUUGAAUGGUUAAAUGUUGUUUUUAAUAAAGUUGUUCGAAAAUAGUAUGUUUUGAUUUAGAUUUAGGCCAUUUCUAAAUUGUAUAUUCCAAAACCAAAAAUCUGUAAAGAAUGUAUUUGUGAUACAGAUAAAGAGUUUAUUUUUUAUUUAUUCUGAUAUAUUUUAGUUGAUUUGAACAGUGUUUCUCAGAAAAUAGUAUUGUGUUGGCAGACAUCACGUUGUAUUCUCAUUGGAGACGAUGCCUAGCACACAGUAGCAGUUUCAAAAUGUUUAGAAACAGAAAUGGAGAGUUUGAAGUCUUGUCCCUUUGCUUCCAUUUGGCUCUUUGUAAAUACACCCCUGUUGUAAGGCUACUCAGAGAACAGACAGGACCCCUGUUGAGAGAACAGACAGGACCCCUGUUGAGAGAACAGACAGGACCCCUGCUGAGAGAACAGACAGGACGCCUGCUGAUUGUUAGGCUACUCAGAGAACAGACAGGACCCCUGUUGAGAGAACAGACAGGACCCCUGUUGAGAGAACAGACAGGACCCCUGUUGAGAGAACAGACAGGACCCCUGCUGAGAGAACAGACAGGACCCCUGUUGAUUGUAAGACUACUCAGAGAACAGACAGGACCCCUGUUGAGAGAACAGACAGGACCCCUGUUGAUUAUAAGGCUACUCAGAGAACAGACAGGACCCCUGUUGAUUGUAAGACUACUCAGAGAACAGACAGGACCCCUGUUGAUUGUAAGACUACUCGGAGAACAGACAGGACCCCUGUUGAGAGAACAGACAGGACCCCUGCUGAUUGUUAGGCUACUCAGAGAACAGACAGGACCCCUGCUGAUUGUAAGGCUACUCAGAGAACAGACAGGACCCCUGUUGAUUGUAAGGCUACUCAGAGAACAGACAGGACCCCUGUUGAUUGUAAGACUACUCAGAGAACAGACAGGACCCUGUUGAUUGUAAGACUACUCAGAGAACAGACAGGACCCCUGUUGAGAGAACAGACAGGACCCCUGUUGAUUGUUAGGCUACUUAGAGAACAGACAGGACCCCUGCUGAUUGUAAGGCUACUCAGAGAACAGACAGGACCCCUGUUGAUUGUUAGGCUACUCAGAGAACAGACAGGACCCCUGCUGAUUGUAAGGCUACUCAGAGAACAGACAGGACCCCUGCUGAUUGUAAGGCUACUCAGAGAACAGACAGGACCCCUGUUGAUUGUAAGGCUACUCAGAGAACAGACAGGACCCCUGUUGAUUGUAAGACUACUCAGAGAACAGACAGGACCCCUGCUGAUUGUAAGACUACUCAGAGAACAGACAGGACCCCUGUUGAGAGAACAGACAGGACCCCUGUUGAUUGUAAGACUACUCAGAGAACAGACAGGACCCCUGUUGAUUAUAAGGCUACUCAGAGAACAGACAGGACCCCUGUUGAUUGUAAGACUACUCAGAGAACAGACAGGACCCCUGUUGAUUGUAAGACUACUCAGAGAACAGACAGGACCCCUGUUGAGAGAACAGACAGGACCCCUGCUGAUUGUAAGACUACUCAGAGAACAGACAGGACCCCUGCUGAUUGUAAGGCUACUCAGAGAACAGACAGGACCACAUUUACUGUCUGCACAUUGUGCCUUCUACAUCUCUAGUACUGAAAUAAAGACUUUUGACUGAA